AUGUCGAUGAUUCGAAACUUUAUUUGUCAUUCACUGUUAAAGAUUAAUUUAGAUGAAAGAGUUGUCAAGUUGGAGGAGGACCUUAAUAUUGGUGUUCUUAGUUCGGACAAAAGGAAAUUUUUCUUCAUGGCCGAUUCGCGACCUAUGAUGCAGAAUUUACCUUUCGCUACAAACAUAAUCUAUCUAUUUUUUUUGAAAAAAAAAACUGUGAGCCCCGUUGCGUCCGCUGAAGAUUUGGGUAUCAUGUUUGACUCAAAUUUAUCGUAUAACGAAGCCAUUUCCAACCUUGUCUCGAUGAUCAUUGGUGACUGA